AUGGCGCAUAUGAAUGAACAGACAGACACGGAGAAACAGGGUGGUGAAACCUGGGCCGCAGCCCAGGCCGAAAGCCGGGCUCUGGAAGCAGCACUACAGAAUCCGGAGCAGCGUCGGCACUACCGUAUGCUGACUGGCGACCGGCCCACCGGUCGUCUGCACAUCGGCCAUUACUUCGGGUCCCUGCGCAACCGGGUGGCCCUGCAACAGCUGGGACUGGAAACUUUUAUCGUCAUUGCCGACUACCAGGUACUGACCGACCGCGAGCAGGGCGAACACAUUGCCGGCUUCACCCGCGAGUUGUGCCUGGAUUACCUGGCCGCCGGUCUGGAUCCGGAGAAUUACCCGGUCCACAUUUUUGUGCACAGCCAGGUGCCGGAGCUGAAUCAGCUCUUUGUUCCGUUCCUGAGCCUGGUCAGUCAGCGGGAACUGGAGCGCAAUCCCACCACGAAAGAUGAAUUGCAGCACUCUGCACUGGAACAGCUCACCGCCGCACUGCUGACCUACCCGGUGCAUCAGGCCGCAGAUAUUCUGUUCUGUCACGGCAAUGUGGUUCCGGUAGGCAAAGAUCAGCUGCCCCACAUUGAACUGACGCGCAGCAUCGCCCGGCGCUUCAACCAGCGCUACGGCUGCACAUAUUUUCCGCGCCCCGUUGGUCUCUUGAGCGACACCCCGGCCAUUAUGGGUCUGGACGGUUCGGCCAAGAUGAGCAAGAGCCGGGGCAACAGCAUAGAGCUGGCCGCCAGUGCCGACGAAGUGGCACGGAAUAUCCGGCGUGCCAGAACCGACAGCGAGCGCCUGCUCAGCUAUGAGCCCGAACGCAGGCCCGAAGUGGCCAAUCUGUUGCAGCUGGCCGCUUUAUGCAGUGACUGCCCGCCCGGGCAGCUGGCCCGGCAGCUGGGCACAGGAGGGGCCGGGGCCUUGAAGCGCCUCCUGACGGAACGGCUCAAUGCGCACCUGGAGCCGAUCCGUCAGCGCCGCCGCGAGCUGGAACAGCAUAUGGACUAUAUUGAUGAGGUGCUCGCGCGCGGCUGCACCAUCGCGCGUGAGCGGGCCGCGCAGACCAUGAAGGAAGUACACCAGCUGCUGGGAACCUAUGCCGUUUCCUGA